AUGUACUUUGCAGCACUUCAGCAGGUGGUGUGUGGUCAGGUAGCAAGAGGCCUGGCCUACUCAUCCCAUAAAGGGACCAUCAGCAGUCUAGCUACACCCCUUCUCUGUGCUCCUGUUGGCUUCCAGGAAGGUGAAAAGUCUACCUUUUCUUCACUCCUUCCUACCACAUGGGACACAGAAUCUGAAGAAAUUGGUGGAGAGGGAAUCAAGAAUCUGAGGCCUUUGAGGAAAGGAAUUCAGUGGAACAGCGUCGUCAACAAGCAGGAGUGUCCAGAAUCAAUCGAGUUAAGGGACAAUUCAGAUGGUCCGUCUGGUGAGGUAGUGAGGGAGACAAAUGAGGAAUAUGAGGGAUGCAGCUAUCAAGAAAGGGAAGAUCUGUAUCUCUGUGAUGAUGAGUUAGCACAUAUGGCCCUGCGAAAAGAAGCAAUAGCACUGGUGCCAUACCUGCUAUAUAAGUAUUGGUCAAGAGAGACAGUUUCUGAUGCAGAUAUGUUUAGUCUCAUCAAAAGAGGUCACGAGUGUUACUUCCCCCAGAUCUUAGACAAAGCUUCUAAUUUCAUGCAACUCCUUUUUGGUAUUGAUAUGAAAGAGGCAGACCCUGUUCUCCACACACAUAUACUAUUCAUAGCAGCAGGGAUCACUUAUGAUGGUGUUCAGAGCGAUGUACAAGGCAUACCCAAGACAGGACUGCUAAUAAUUGUGCUCUGCAUAGUCUUUAUGCAAGGCAAUUGUGCCACAGAGGAAGCCAUCUGGUCUGUGCUUAAUAAGAUGGAGGUAUAUUCUGACAAGGAACACUUCCUUUAUGGAAACCCAAGGAAGCUGGUAACAGAAGAUUUUGUAUCAGAGCAAUAUCUUGAAUAUCAAGAGGUGCCCGGCAGUGAUCCCACUAUCUGUGAGUUCAGGUGGGGCCCAAGGGCCUUUGCAGAAACCACAAAAAUGAAAUUGUUGGAACACUGGGCCAAGUUCAGUGGAGUUGACCCAAUGGACUUCCCAUUACUCUAUGAAGAAGCUUUACGAGAAGAACAGGAAGCAAACACUCAUGAUAUCACUACUGCAAUAGAAGAAUGA